CUUCCCUCUAAUCACUUUUAAUCCAACCCCAACCGCCACCAUGCAGAUCAAGAACAUCGUCCUCGCCGCCUCGGCUGCUGCCACCGCUGCCGCUCUCCCGGCCACCGACGCCUCCUCCCAGAGCCAGACAUUCGGCAUCGUCUCCAUCCACUCCGGCAGCGCCGUGCAGUACCAGCCCUUCACCGCGGCCAAGAGCAGCCUCUUCGCCGGCCUCCCCGGCCAGAACGCCAGCUGCGCCCGCCCCAAGGAGCAGACCGCCACCUUCUACAUCCAGGACGGCGCUCUGUACCUGUACGACCAGUCCGCCACUCCCCAGGAGUUCUACGUCGACCGCUCAGGCAUGGGCCAGGGUAAGAUCGGCUACACGACCGGCGCCCAGCCCGCCCCCAAGAACGCGGAGCGCCAGGGCUGGUCCAUCGACAAGAACAACCACCUGCAGUUCGGCGGCAGCGACCUCAUCGCCUGCCCCAAGAGCAUCGAUGGCGCCUGGAGCAUCUGGGCCAGCGCCGGCGUGAGCAACCCCGCCGGCAACAGCGACUGCGUCGGCAUCGCCGCCCGCGUUGAGACCACCACCAACCCCAACGGCUGCCUGUACACCGAGUAAAUGCUGCAUGCAGCCAAUAAUCAUGGCAGCCUCCGGUCUGGACGCGGUUGAUCCAAGGAAGUCGGGCUGUUUGAGAUAGUUCGAUAGAUGUCUGUGACCAGGCAUUGUCAUACAACUUUGUUUCUUCAUGUACCGGUGGGAGAAAAGUGGAGGAAGGUGGACGGUAAUGACAAUCUGUAAUUGCGAUAGGGUUUGAGUUCUGGUUAACUGCAAUAUACUCC